GCAUAUUUGGCGAUUCAGGUCAAAACAAAGGUCUUUUUAAGGGACACCAGCGCUGUGAGUUAUGUCUGGAACUCAGAAACGACACUGGUUCCCGCAAGAUGGAGCGCCGGAGAUUCCCGCCAAAAUUCCGUGUAUGGAGCAAAACGAGGUGAAUGAAACCGUAUUGAUAGACACCAACAACGCCACAAGUGACGUAAUACAAUACGUCAUGACGGAAACGACUGAUCAAUACAGGAAAGGAAUGCCAUAUAAACUUCUCUUCUACCCGGGUAAAAGUGCUGCCAUCAUCCAAAUCAACUUACCUGGCAAUCAGACUGUGAAAGACAUGGUGCUAACAUUGAACCAUUGUCGGACAAAUUGUGACGGGGUGAUCGACAUAUUUAUGAACGAUUCGGUGCUUGUGAUGGGUUAUUCAGAAGCGAGGUGGGAUAAUUUUGGUGAAGAUACUUUCAAUGUUCCAGUUAAUCUGUUGAAGCAGGGCGCAAACGAAUUGAUCAUCAGACUGAAUAAAACUAGUAGAGGAGUAUAUUGGCUGUCUGAUCUUAAAAUAGAUACGUUGACUACACGAUAGUUUGAAAUAGGACACAGUGCAAGAAUACUGAGAAAUCGUGUAAGAUGGCCCGACUCUUGUGAAACUUUAUGGAAUGUAUUUUUGUACUUUUUUGUUUCGAACAGUGUUAUUUUCCACACGCAAUUCUGAGACACUAAUGAAAAGGGCUCAGUACCGAUGGAGCAAUCAGCAGGGGAUGCCUACCCCUAAAUGAUACCUGAUCCCAUCUGUAAUCUUUUCAAAGAUCCUAGCUAGAUUAUUGUUU